AUGUCUUACGGCGGCAACGACGACUCCAACUACGGUUCCUCCCGCAGGGACAAUGAGGACAGCUACGGCACCUCAGGAACCACUGGCGGCUUCGGCUCCUCCACCCGCGACAACGAGGACUCGUACGGCUCCUCGCGCCGUGACAAUGACGACUCGUACGGCUCCUCCAACACGGGCCGCAGCGGCAACGAAUCGAGCUACGGCUCGUCGACCCGUCGUGACAACGACACCUCGGACAGCUACGGCUCCUCCGGCCUGAGCUCGUCUCGCAGGGACAACGAUACCUCGGACUCGUACGGCUCUUCUCGCCGCGACAACGAUACCUCUGACAGCUACGGCUCCUCCCGCAAGUCGGACAACGACACCUACGGCUCCGGCAACAAGACCUCGUCUUACGGAGACGACUCCACCUCCUCCAACCUCGCCGGCGCCGACUCCCUUUCGUACGGCAACACCAACUCCAGCCGCCGCGAUAACGACAACGACAACAGCUACGGCUCUUCCGGCAACACGGGAUCCUACGGCUCCUCCCGCAAGGACAACGACAACGAUAACAGCUACGGCUCCUCCACCACUCGCCGUGACAACGAUGACAGCUACGGAUCAUCAGGAAACACUGGUUCCUACGGCUCCUCCCGCAAGGAUAACGACACCUCGGACAGCUACGGCUCCUCCGGCAACACUGGCUCCUACGGCUCCUCCCGUAAGGACAACGAGGACAGCUACGGCUCCUCCGGCAACACGGGCUCCUACGGCAGCAGCGGCAGAGACAACGACACCUCUGACUCGUACGGCAGCAGCAACAACAAGAGCGGCGGCGACAGCAAGGUCGGCAAGUUCCUCGAGAAGGCGGGCGAUUUGCUCAACAGCGACAAGCUCGAGUCCAAGGGCCAGUCGAAGCGGGAGAACGCCGGGUACGGGAACAACGACGACUACUAG